AUGGCGGUGGUGUUGUACGUGGUGGGGCUGGCGCUGGCGGCCCUCGCCGUGCGCAUCUACUUCUUGGGGUCGAAGAAAGCUCUGAUCAACUGGAUCGCGAACUCGUCCAUCUUCUACUAUAUGUACAAGCGACAGCUCGCCGCGCACCAUGCGUCACCAGACUUCAACGUGACGUCGUUCGAGACGACGAUCCUCGACGGCGCCGCGACCGUCGUGACGAUCCCGUUUCUCCAAGACAACUUUGCGUACAUUCUGUUCGACCAUGCCACGGGUGAGUGCGCCGCCGUGGACGUCGCCGACCCCCAAGUCGUGCUGAACGUGUGGCGCGCAUUGGUCGCCCAUCGCUCGCCGCCGUCGCAUCCGUUGACGCUCAAGUACAUCCUCACGACCCACAAGCACUUCGACCAUGCAGGAGGGAAUCGCAAGCUCAAGGCGGCAUUGACCUCCGCGACCAUCGUCGGCGGCGUCCUCGAUAGCGUCCAAGGGUCCACCAAGCAAACCUGGCAUGGCGACAAGCUCAAAGUCGGCAGUCUCACCGUCGAGACAUUGGCCGUGCCUUGUCAUACAAUGGGCCACGUGGCGUAUUAUGUGUCCGCCACCAACCACACUGGCCACGGCUGCGUGUUCACUGGAGAUACAUUGUUUGUGGCUGGCACCGGACGAUUCUUUGAAGGCAACGGAGACCAAAUGCAUCGCAACCUGAGCCAGGUGCUGGGGGCGCUGCCCCCGACCACGCGCGUGUUUUGUGGCCACGAGUACACCCUCCAGAACCUGAGCUUUGCAUUGUUUGUCGAACCAGACAACGUGGCUGUGCAAACCAAGAUCGCGUGGGCGGUAGCCAGGAGGGCGAAGGGGCUGCCCACGGUGCCGUCCACGCUGGCCGACGAAUUGGCAACCAACCCGUUCAUGCGCAUCAACGAAUCGAUGGUUGCCAAGCAUGCCCCCCGAGGGUCGCGGCCGGCGGACGUGAUGACGCACCUGCGUCAGAUGAAGGACGACAACGUCCACCACGUCGACGCGGCGCACUUCCGUAGCAUGCAUUGUGCUUGA